AUGACUAUCUCUGGUAGUACAGUUGUUCUCGUUACCGGCGCUAGUCGGGGUAUCGGACGAACGUUGGUGGAAACCUUGCUGCUCCGGCCCAAUCACACUAUUAUUGCUAGUGUCCGUGACACAACCGCAGACUACGUCAAAGAGCUAGAGGCCUUGCCCAAAGCCGAUGGCUCAGGUCUGCAGCUUGUAAAGAUUGAAAGCAGCAACUCAGCCGACCCGGCAGCAGCCAUCAAGGAUCUUACGAACAUCGACCAUAUCGAUGUGGUGGUAGCCAAUGCCGGUGGAGCUGGUGAGAAGGGCAUCAUUCCCUUGGACGUGGUAAGCUCCGAGAUCGUGAAUGAUGUGUUUACCGUGAAUGCGCUCGGCCCCCUGGCCCUGUACCAGGCCGUCAAGCCUUUGCUGGAAAAGUCCCAGUCCCCGAAGUGGGUGUCGGUCACUAGUGCUGCCGGUUCGAUUGGCCGACUUGAGCUUCACAGGGCUCACAUCGCCCCGGCUUACGGAAUCGCCAAAGCUGGUCUGAACUGGAUCACUACUGCCAUCCACAGCGCCAACAAGGGCUUCAUCGCCUUUGCCGUGCAUCCCGGCCUUGUGCAAACGGAAAGCGGCAACAAGAGUGCCCGCGCGAUGGGGCUUCCUCAGGCCCCCAACUCUCAGCGCCAGAGUAUCGAUGCCAUUCUGUCCCUGAUUGAUAAUGCGACUCGGGAGGAGACCUCGGGGAAAUUUUUCAACGUGAUUGAUGGCACAGAGAUUCCGUGGUAG